AUUCGCCAUUCAACUGAAGAGGCAAUUUGAAUUGGAAAAUAGGGCAAGCAAAGAAGCAGCGUAGGUGUUUCCUUCCACGGGCGCUUCUUCUCGCUUCGCUUUUUUGCACACCAACUUAGCAAAACGCUAAACGCAAAAGCACCACUCUCACAUGACGACCUUCUUCUUCUCCUUCUUCUUCUUCUCAAACAAUGAGCAACGCCAACUGUAACAAGCCUUCUUCUCCCCAACCUACGAUUAAACAACGUAGGCUCACUCGACAGGGGAGACUCCGAUACCUCACUGACAAAGACGCUGCUCUGCAUUCCACCACUUCUCUACCCGCUUCUCCUCUUCCCUCGUUUAAGUCCGGUUCCGCUUCUGACCAUUGGUCUUCCUCUGCGGUUCCGCAACCGCUUCCGCGUCCCGACUCCCCGUUGACUCGUCGAUACGAUCAUCAUCAACUCGGAUCGCCCCCUUUCGAACAUCCUGGCUUCGCCUUUCGCAGAAGGUCGGUGGAUCAUGAUGCUGUGAGAAGUAUAAGGUCUACCAGCAAUUUGGGUAGACCUUCUUUUGAUCCGGCGGCUUCAAAUGCCAAACACGAUUUAAGAGUGAACAUUCCACCUGCAAGAGUGUUGGCAGGCAAUACCAGUUCAUGUAAAGAUCACAUAGAACACUCUCAAGAUAAUGACUCUGAAAAUGUUUCCGACUUGAGAUUGCAUUUUUCGGCCAAGAGUGCCCCCAACAGUAUAUUCUCCAGCCCUGUUACUAGUCCCCGUAGAUCCAGCAAUGUAGAUUUCUAUGAUCCUUCCAUCAUUUUUCAUCAAGAUUUUAAUGACAUUUUGAGAGUGUCACCGGCUAAAACUGCUCAGAGUCCAGACCGGACUCCUCUGCGCAGCCCAGGGAGCCUCCUCAAUCCAGAGGGAUGUCAGAGUCAGCUUCAUAAACAUAGCUCAAGAGUGUUGCCUGACAAUAAUCAUGUUGAUGCACAUCCACUGCCUCUUCCUCCUAGAGCGUCACCACCGCCAGCACAGUCAUCUCCCCAGCAUCAACCAAGUAUCGUGCACCUCACCGUAGAUAAUUCGCCUUCAAUGAAAGGUCAAUGGCAGAAAGGAAAACUUAUAGGGCGGGGAUCAUAUGGAUCUGUUUAUCACGCAACCAACUUAGAGACUGGAGCCUCGUGUGCAAUGAAGGAGGUGGAAAUGUUCCCCGAUGAUCCUAAAUCUGCUGACUGCAUAAAGCAACUUGAACAGGAAAUUAGAAUUCUCCGUCAAUUACACCAUCCCAACAUUGUGCAGUACUAUGGAAGUGAAGUAGAUGGCGAUCGACUGUACAUAUAUAUGGAGUAUGUUCAUCCUGGAUCACUUGAUAAGUUUAUGCAUGACCAUUGUGGAGCUAUGACAGAAUCUGUAGUUCGCAACUUCACGAGGCAUAUUCUCUCUGGAUUGGCAUACUUGCAUAGUACCAAGACCAUUCACAGGGAUAUCAAAGGUGCAAACUUGUUGGUUGAUGCAACGGGCAUGGUUAAACUUGCGGAUUUUGGGGUUUCAAAAAUUCUGACAGAGAAAUCGUAUGAACUUUCAUUGAAGGGUAGUCCCUACUGGAUGGCUCCUGAGCUCAUGAAGGCUGCCAUAAAGAAAGAAUCCAGUCCUGACGUUGCCAUGGCCAUUGAUAUAUGGAGCUUAGGGUGCACUAUCAUCGAAAUGCUGACAGGAAAACCUCCUUGGAGGGAAUAUGAAGGGCCGCAAGCCAUGUUCAAGGUACUGCACAAAUCCCCAAAAAUACCUGAAAAUUUGUCAUCAGAUGGACAGGAUUUCCUUCAGCAGUGCUUCAGAAGGAAUCCGGCAGAUCGACCAUCGGCAGCACUGCUUCUUACUCAUGCUUUUGUACAAAAUUUGCACGAUCAAGAUGCUCUACUUCAUUCACAAGGGCAAAACUGUCCCAGAGGAGACCCUGGAUCUGGAGAUGAUUCAAGUAGACAUAGCCCCGCUCACAGUUCAAGAAGUAAUAACCGUGUAGUGCCAGCCUCCAUUGGCGCACGGUUUUUGCAUAAAAUUCAAAAUUUAAUAGGUGACACUUCGAAAAAAUAUGACAGCGAGGAAUCUAAUCAUUCUUCUCGUAACUCUCCCUGCUCCAUGACAGAAAUAAACAGUCCUCAAUCUAGUGCCCUCAAUUACAUGGCCAAUUCCAGCAACAUACCCCUCACCACCGUUAUGAGAAUCAUCAGGCACAUUUGAAGCCUGUCACAGCUAAGAUUUGGUCGAAAGUUACAAUGACAACUAUCAUAUAGCAGGGAAUUAGAAGAACUAGGAGUUCUCAGUGAUAUUGAAAAACAUAUCAAGCUGGUUUGGUAAAAGCAAUGGGAAGUUCACAUUACUUUGAAGUUGCUAUUAUGUACAUAAUGACUAGAAUAGGUUAGUUGAACCAAUUCCCACGCGUGAAAUUCGUAUGUAAAUUUAAUUUAUUAAAUAAUAUUUGAGGAAUAACUCUUUUUUUUGUUGUUUUACAUUUAAGAGUGCAAUUCGCUUUGAAUA